AAUAAGUCGAUAGCUAAUUAACUAAUAAGCUUUGGGUUGAGUUUAAUGGGGUCGUGGGUAGUUUUGGAUCGGGUCUAAUAAGGGGCGGGUAAAAUGAGGUAUUCUCAGGUUUAAAUGGUUUCGGGUAGAUUUUGUUUCGGGUUAAAUUGAAUCUAGGUCUUGAAUUAUCGAGUUUUAUUGGUUUCAGGUAAACAAUGAGUCGAUAUCAAGUUGGGUUUGGAUCGUAAAUUACCGGGUAAAAUCGAUUUCGAGUUAAUUACGGAUUGAUUUCAGAUAAACAAUGAGUCGAUAUCAAGUUGGGUUUGGAUCGUAAAUUACCGAGUAAAAAUGAUUCGAGUUAACUUCGAAUUGAUUCCGGAUCAGAUUUGGAUUCUUUUUUUUUUUUUUUGGAUCCAACCAGUUCGAAAACAGUUCGAUUACAGGUACCGUACAUCUAGAGAAACAAAGAUAAGAGUAGUAAACUUAUGCUAAACAGAAUGGUUACAAUAAUCGUAAUUAAAACCAAAAAAGACAAACGUGAUAUUUAUAGAACGAAGGUAUAAAAACUCUUUCGUCAGUGUAUCAAGCAAAGAACGUGUUUCCCAUUUAAACUUUUUCCUAUUCGAAGAGACAAUGUUCAGAGUAUAAAAACACACACAAAAAUGUACUAACUUUGUACAAAGAAAAUCUUAUCUUCUUCUCAAGUUUCCCCCACCCACCGCUCAAAUAACCCACAAAACUAAUCACAAUUUUUUUAUUUUUUUUAUUCCUCCUCAUUUCUAUCCCCAAAUAUACCAAAAUAGUUCAACAACCAAAAAAAAAAAAAAAAAAAAAAAAAAAAAAAAAAUUAAUAAUAAAAAAACCUUCCAAUUCCAAUUUUUUUUUUUUAAAAAUAAAUUAUUAUUCCCUAUUUAGCUUGCCUCAUUGCUCACCUCUGUAAAUUUAUUACUCCAUUUUAUUUGUCGUUUGUAGAAAAAACUCAAAAGGGGAUUAUUAUUUUUUUUCUCUGAAAAUUCGUCGAUUAAUUUUACUAAGUCGGCGAAUUUUUAUACUUAACUGUUUUCUAGUGUAAAAUUGUAUUUAUAUAUAUAUGCCGGUGAUUUUACAAGUUUCAAAAAAGGUAAAUUUUUGUGAGUUAUAUAAAAGAAAAGUUACUAGUAUAGUAAGAAUAAUACUUACAUGAUGAACUAUUAUGUUCCGGAUUUCGAAAUGGAAGACGACCAACACCUGAUUUCUACAUCAUCUACGGUCACGCAUCACAACAAGGCUGAAGACGAGAUUCUGGAGUUGUUAUGGCAAGAUGGUCAAGUUGUUGCGCAACCUCCAAACCAACGAAAACAGCAAUCGUCUAGUACUCCGCAACAAACACAAUCGCAGUAUCAGCAACAGCAGCAACAACAGCAACAGCAGCAACAACAGUUAUACAUGGCCGAAGAUGAGAUGGCAACGUGGCUUCACUACCCGUUAGAGGACUUGUAUAGUGAUCUGUUAGGUGAUAAUAAUAAUCAGACAACUCCAACUCAACUUCCAGCGGUCGCUGCUACUUCGGUAGUGCGUCAACAGCCGCAGGAGGCCGAACAGAUUUGGCCUCCUGCGGCUAUAGCGGUAGUAGUGAAGCCACCGCCUGUACCUCCACCCCCGAAACCGACUAAGAAUUUUCAAAUGUUUUCAAGAAUGCGCGGGAAAGAUCCCGAGGCGUCGUCGAGUUUGAGGCCGGAGUUAACCGUGGUGGACUCGAAUACGACACCGGCUUUGGUGACAAUGAAGAGUUUAGGGGAAGUAUCAUCUGCUUUUCCCAGCGGUGGUGGAAUUGGUGGCAGUGAUUUUGUGUUGGAUAGGAAAGAGAGUGGGGAGGUGACGGUGUCAUCGUCGUCUGGUGGGUAUAGCGGCGGCCCUUCUAAGGCCGCCGCUGAAGAUGCGAGGGAUAAAGGGAUUAAGAAUGAAGCAGAGGAUCGAAAGAGAAAGCGAAGAGAAAAUGAUGUAUCUUUGACCCCUUCUACAACGGCCAUUGAUCAAGAUGUAGAGCUUGAAGGUGAUGAUGACGAUGACAAGAAGCAUUCCCGUGGCUCACAUGGCUCGAAGAGAUCUCGUGCUGCAGAGGUCCACAACCUCUCUGAGAGGAGACGUCGAGACAGGAUUAAUGAGAAGAUGAAGGCAUUGCAAGAACUCAUUCCUCGUUGCAACAAGUCAGAUAAAGCUUCAAUGCUUGAUGAGGCAAUCGAAUAUUUGAAGUCACUGCAAAUGCAAGUUCAGAUGAUGUCAAUGGGAUGUGGGAUGGUUCCGAUGAUGUACCCUGGAAUGCAGCAACAAUACAUGCCACCAAUGGGAAUGGGGAUGGGAAUGGGGAUGGGUAUGGGAAUGGAUGUGGGGAUGAAUCGCCCGAUGAUGCCAUUUCCACCCAAUAUGCCUGCUGCUAACUUGACAAGCUCUCCUGCAACUGCAGCAGGGCCUCAAUUUGGUCCAAGAUUCACUGUCCCGCCCAUUCAUAUGCCUUCUUCUCCUGCUUCCAAUUUCUCUGUAAACCAAACCAGCAUUCAAGCAGAUUCUGUCCGUAGCUCAGUUCCUGUUCAAAGUCCCGGCCUGCCACAACUUCCUAACGUGGCUGACCCGUAUCAGCAAUACAUGGCUCUCCAACAGAUGCAGAUGAUGCAAAUGCAAAUGCAGAUGCAAGCAGCUCAGAACCAGCCUGUUUCCCAACCUGGGUCAAGCAAACCAGCAAGCACUAGCAAAAGCGACGGCCAACCUGGGCCAAGCACAAGCAAAAGUGAAGUCGAUGAUGAUCAAUGACCAGGUUGAUAUUUUUGGUUAGAGAAACGGCCAAAGGCUAUUGCCUGCAAAAUUUUGUAACAUGAGGCCUUACAGUUGUUUCCCCCCCUCAAGUCUGGCCUCAAGCGAUCAGAGCACAAAUCUUCCGCGAAAAAACACAAAACUAACAAGUGAAGAAAGUCUCAUGUAUAUGUUAUUCUACAAAAAUCGAUAAUUUUGCUUUUGUUCAGCUAGUGAUUUUGUUUGGUGCAGUGCAACACAAUUGCAAAUAUCUUACAGUUGGUAGAAAUUGAUAAACGGGCUUUCUGCCGAUUGCAUUGCACCAUGCCAAACAACAAAUACAGAGUUGAACUAACAGAAAGAUAACAAAAGCUUAGAAUAUGCAGAGGUUGAGAAGAAUUGCCUUCAUGAAUCUGUAUGUGCCUUCUUGCUUGAUAUACCAAUUAGCUAGUUAUUAUCCAGGUUAAUACAUAAUUCAUAUACUCGAACUCGACAGCAGCAUUUUGGCAGACAGUAAAAACAACAAUGGUAAUGUAACAAUGUUUAUAUGAAAUUUUUGAGAAUUACAAACAUGUAACAUGGUAAGCUCACUGUUAUACAAAGUAAGUCUCGAGCUAAUGUUUAUGGUUA